AGUGAACAAAACAACAAUAUUGUCUUGAUCAAGAAAGACAAGACAAUAGUAAUUAGAAGCAAAACCAUUGCCGAUCAGCAGCAGAAUCAAAGGCAGCAGCAGCAGCAGCAACAGCAGCAGCAGCAGCAAACAGACCGCUCAGAGUUGGAGGGAUCACGCACGUCUGCGUCGCAGCAGCGAAGAAGAAGAGGUCGAACUGAGCUAGAGGACGGCAACGACGGAUCAUCAAUCACCGGCGAUAAUCAGGACGACCAAGAACAACAACAACAAGAACAAGAAGAAGAGGAUAUUGACUUUGAAAUAGAUACCGACGAGCCACAACAACAACAACAAUCAUCAUCAUCAUCAACACUAUCGACAACAACAACAUCAUCAACAGGUGUACAAAGACCUUUAAAGAAACUACGAAUGUCAUCAAACAACAAUAACAACAACAACGAGUUGAUAACAAUGAGUGAUGCAAAUGGAGAGAGUACAGCAGUCAACAAAACCGAACUCAUUCGACUGCUAAUACAAUCACUUCAUUACCUUGGAUACAAAAAGUCUGCAGAGUUCUUGGAGAAGGACAGCGGUGUGUUUCUCCAGUCGCCCGAGGUGAUGCACUUCAUCAACAGCACGAUGGACGGUGACUGGAAGAAGGUCGAGACAUUGCUGCCACAUCUAAAGAUCAAGAGCCAGAGUGAUCUUGAUAGUGUAAAGUUUUUAAUAUAUAGCCAGAAGUUCCUGGAGCUGCUGGAGAACAAGAAGGUGAAGGAGGCCCUAGAGUGUCUACGCGGUGAGAUCACACCAAUCAGCAAGGAUGCCCAGAAGCUACAGACGUUGACCAGUUUGAUCAUGUGUACAGAUACUUUGGACUUGAAGAAACGUUCCUUCUGGCCAGGAUCAAUCACUAACUCAACUCCAAUCACUCUAGAGUAUGUUAGUUCAGAGAUCAUGGUGCCAGAGAAUAGGCUGGAGCAACUGAUCAUGCAGUCCAUUCAAUAUCAGACAAGCAGGUGUCUAUAUCACAACACGACUAAAUCCAAUUAUAACUUAUUCGAGGAUCACUACUGUACUCGGGACCAAAUGCCCUUGGAGUGUAAAUAUACGUUGGCGGGCAAGCACACGGAUGAGGUAUGGUUCGUCAAGUUCUCCAACAAUGGCAAGCGAUUGGCAUCAUGUUCAAAGGAUGCACAGAUCAUUAUAUGGGACAUGACGACUUUGUAUGAUGACGAGCCAAAGGAGCCAAAGGUGAUGGCAGUUCUCAGUGGACACUCAAAGGAUGUGUCCUACUUGGCAUGGUCACCGGACGAUCACUACUUGAUCAGCGCGUCUGGCGACAUGUCGCUCAAGUUAUGGUCGGUCAACGAGGCCGUCUGUCUCAAGACGUACAACAAGCACACGGACGCCGUGACGUGCUGUGCCUGGCAUCCAGAUGGCAAGCGCUUCUUUAGCGGCGGCAACGACAAGAACAUAUACAUGUGGACAAUGCCCACGCCUGAGAACAGCCAGGUGGCUGCGGCUCCCGUCCGCGCAUGGGCGUGUGCACGUGUCAACGACAUGGCCAUCCACCGGGACGGCCGUCAGAUGGUGGUGAUCUGCCAGGAGAAGAAGAUCCGCAUCUACGACAUUGAGAACGAGCGGCCCGAGGUCAGCAUCCCCGAGACCGACGCGAUCAUGUCCAUGUCGCUGUCCAACGAUGGCCAGUUCGUCAUUGUCAACACGGCCAACCAGGAGAUCCAUUUGUGGGACCUGGAGAAGCGUAUCAUCGUGCAAAAGUACCGCGGCCAGAAGCAGAUGCGCUUCGUCAUCCGCUCGUGCUUUGGCGGUGUCGACCAGGGCUUUGUGCUGUCGGGCAGCGAGGAUGCCAAGGUGUACAUCUGGCGUCGCCAGAACAGCGUGCUGCUCGAGUGUCUCACGGGCCACACCAAGAUGGUGAACAGCGUGUGCUGGAGUCCGACCGAUCCAUACCUCUUCUGCUCGGCCAGUGACGACGAGACCAUUAAAGUCUGGACGAGGAAGUCUUGUUCAGAGAUGGCAGCAGUUGCAUCGAAUAGCAACAACAACAACAGUGGCAGCAUGUCAACAACAACACCAAGUAGCAGCAGUAGCAGCAGCAGUAGGAAG